AUGCGACUCUUCACCGAAAACAUCACAGCAUCAAUCAGCCGCAGACAACGACCAUCGAUCUACAGCGAAACACUCAAGAGCAGCGAGACAACAACAACAACAACUACCACGAACAACAAACAGGCCCAACAACUACCAAGAACACCAUUCAAGAACAUCUCAAGGAACUCAUCCUCAACCAGCCCAACCCAAUCCACCCAUACCAACAACAACAACAACAACAACAACAACAACCCACUCAAUCUCGCAUCAUCAGCAGCUUCAUCAUACUCAGCCUCCUUCCCACACAACCCCUCCUUCCUCACCAUCCCACACUCCCAAGCCACCCCUCAUCACCAUCCAAACCCCAGCUCGGUCCGCUCAGAAUCAGUACCCAGGAAGAGCUCAGCCUGCUCAUCGACCCGCUCGACGAUCGAAAACGAGCCCAGUCGUUCGCAUGGAAGACACACCCCGUUACCAGGCUUCAGAUCCGCAAGCGCACUCAGCCAAAUCUCAUUCCGCUCCCUAAGAUCCAUCAACAGUCGGAUCAAGGUCAGGAUCCAGUCGCUCGGCCAGAGCCUCGAAGCUCGCAAACCGAAACUCCCCGAACUCGAUUGGUCCGCUCUCAGGGCCGAAUACGAACUCCAUCUUGCCAGAGGCUCUAUCAUCGAACGCUGUCUCGUCCAGGUCGAUCUCGGCCCCUCUGUCACCGAAAGAGGCAGAUGGUGGAUCGACACCGUCUGGACCCUGGCCGAUAAACUCAGUCCGCCCCUACCAGCAGCACUGGCCCAAUACUCAGCAUCAGGGCUCAUACCACUCCUCACACCACUCCGACACACCUUGCACAGACUGGCAGUAGAGCUACCGUAUAACCAUCUGGAGGACACGCCGGAUCUCGACAAGUUCGAGGAGCUAGGGAGGAUCCUUCGCCGGGCGAUCUGGCUGGCAGGCCUGAUCGAGAACGUCAUCGAGCUCGUCAGUCAGGUCGGGCUCGUCCGCUUCGAACUCGCCGGCCUCAGACGCCCCUUCGAGGAUCUCAAACUCAACGACGACGACGAGCUCAAGUUCGACGACUCCCUCCAGCUCGACCAACUCCUCGACCGCUCUAUCCGUCUUAUCUCUCAUUGGAACGGCGAGAUCAGGGGAAGGACUGGGUCGAAUAAUCCCUGGAAAGGCUCAAUCAAACUCUCCUGAUCUACCCCCCCUCCCCUUUUAGUCUGUAUCCAUCUCUUCGACCUUCCGCUCUCCUAUCCAAGAUCAACAGUACACACUCAUGUACUUUCUUUCUUGACCAUUUUUUUUUUAUAUUCCUUGAACAAUAAUCUCCCUCUUCCUCCCCAGUACAUAAUCAUGUACCUUUCUUUCCUUUCCUUUUCCUCCCUCUGCUUCAAAAUCCUCGGUCUCUCUUUGUAUCAACACCACCACCAUCAUUAUCAUCAUCGUCAUCCUCAGCCUCUUUCUAACGAAUCUGCCAUCAUUCUCACUCAUUUUUGCUUUUCCAAUUGUUUUUUGGGUGUCUGCAUCUUUCUAUUCUCCUAUCUUCUUCUUCUUCCUUCUUUUGCUUUUUCUAUUUGAUGACUAUGAGGAACUACAACCAUUAUGAUCAUCAUCAUCAUUGAUAGCAUCUUCUAUGAUUUAUAGAUCAUAUAUAUAUAUAAACAAAUCAACCCACAAAUCUCUUGGCUUCUUUCUUCUAGAUAUAUAAAUAUCUUCAUCUUUCUUUCUCUUCUCCCACAUCUUACCCAUUUUUUUUAUCUUUCUUGUUCAUACCAAACACACACAUAUAUA